UUAUCGUAAUGAACUAAUACUUUGUUCAGAUCAUUGACUGCGAGUGGAUUACAGUAAUCGGCCAUGCAAUGGCUGCAACGCAAUCAAAUAUGUCAGGCAACAUAGUCUUAGGAGCACAUUCCAAGAUCACCCAAUUUCCGCAUUCGGCAUUCCUAUCUAUACACAUUUAUACAUGCGGCGCGUCCAUAUUGAAUCAAGCACUUCUACUGACUGCGGCGCAUUGCGUCUAUGAUAAUAAGGACCCAGAAAAAUAUACUGCGUUCGUGGGACACAAUAUAAGACAAAAAGGUAGUCAAUACGCAGUUUUAAAAUUAACUGUCCAUGAAAAUUUCGACAGCAAGCUCAUUACGAACGACAUAGCUUUAUUGAGGUUGAAUAAAAAUCUAAAAUUUGGAAGGAACGUCGCUAGAGUAAUUUUAUUGCCGGAUCCGCCUUACGAUGAGGAGGCGUUUGUUGCUGGUUGGGGUGUAACAGAGAUAGAUGGAAUGAUCAGCGAUUGCCUCAUGCAUGCCAGUCAGAAGGUCUAUAAGCGCAAUGCCUGUGUCCUUAUCGGUGUGAAAAAAGUGCCUCGAGGCACUAUCUGUGGAGAGCAUAAAGACAAAAAAGGGCACCCAGAGCAGGGUGACUCAGGUAGCGCUCUAGUAGUCCGUGGAUACAUUCAGAUCGGAAUUGUGUCUUACAAUAGACCAGACGUCUCAACAACAAACGUGGUCUACACAGACACGGGCUACUUCUACAAAUGGAUUAAAGAGAACUCGAGAAAAUUGUAUUGCAGUAAGAGAACGGGAUGAAACAUUGUAGACUUAUAGAUGGGUUAAA